GCACAGGGAGUUGUAUGGCAGAAGCUCCACGUAAGUCCAAUAAUAAACGAAUUGCUGUUUAAUUAGUUAGUUCCUCUUAUUAUUGACGUUACUCUCACCGUCUCUUCACGUUAACUCGACUCUGCUGACACCGGAGACUCCUUCCCCAAACGUUGAACCGACGUCUCCUCGCAGUUGGUUUCUAGAAUUUGUUGUUAAUAUAGAAUCGAUAACGUGUCAUUUAAUGUCGGAGCUGCUGUUGGAGGAAAUUAAUCAGUACUUUCUAACCAAUCAGAAUCCAGAAUUCAUCAGCGCUGUGGUGUCGGUCUGAUUAUUGUAUAGAUAAAUGCAUGUUUUGUAUUAACAGAGGAAAUCUGUUAUGAUAAUGUGGGGUAGCCAGGUGAAUCAUGAUUUGUUGGCUAUUACCAGAAUAUUUGGCGUUGAGGAACAUCAUUCCACCAAGAGAUAUUAUAUAAACCAAGUAGAGCGUUUAGCAGUGAAUACAGUCUAUUAAUUUUUUUUUUUGUGCUGGUUUUCUGGUUGUACAUGCAUGGGUUAAAUGAUGAAAUUAUAACAAAAGUUCAGUGGAAAAACAUCAGACGUUGUUGUGACAUGAUGUGAUUUAUACAACAUGCAGUGUCGUUCCUCUGUUCUGUCUUUGGGAGGUGUUAUGAUCCUGCUCUUCCUGAUGAGUCAUACUCUGCACUUUACUUCCUGGUUGUGUCAUCGUGUCACAUGUCCUCUCGGUUCUUAAAACCCCGGGGAUGUUCCAGCAAGUGUCAGAGUGAGACAUGCUUUUUAGCUCUGUGGAUCGUCCGAAAUCAACCUGCAACUCCGUGUAAAAGAAGCAAACGGAGCCGAACGUCAGGAACAAGAUCUUGUACCUGGUCCAGGCCUGGGCCCACGCCUUCCGCAACGAGCCCAAAUACAAAGUGGUCCAAGACACUUACCAGAUCAUGAAGGUGGAAGGUCAUGUGUUCCCGGAGUUUAAAGAGAGCGACGCCAUGUUUGCUGCAGAGAGGGCUCCUGAUUGGGUGGACGCCGAGGAGUGCCACAGGUGCAGAGUUCAGUUCGGUGUGAUGACCCGAAAGCACCACUGCAGGGCGUGUGGACAGAUCUUCUGCGGCAAAUGCUCUUCCAAAUACUCCACUAUCCCCAAGUUCGGCAUUGAGAAAGAGGUGCGAGUGUGCGAGCCCUGCUUCGAGCAGCUCAACAACAGCCACCCCUCCCUCUCUCCCCCUUCUAGGAAAGCCGAAGGAAAGAGCAGCAGCAGUAGCAGUAGCAGCAGCGGGCAGUCAGAGCUGCCUCCUGAGUACCUGACCAGCCCUCUGGCUCAGCAGUCUCAGGUAGUACCGAUGCCUCCUAAGAGAGACGAGGCAGCGCUGCAAGAGGAAGAGGAGCUGCAGCUGGCCAUCGCUCUGUCUCAGAGUGAAGCUGAGGAGAAGGAGAGAAUGAGGCAUAAGAGCUCGUACCCCGUGUAUCCCAAAGCUGAUCCGACUCCGGUGACCUCCUCCGCUCCACCCGUCAGCACUCUCUACUCCUCUCCUGUGAACUCCUCUGCUCCUUCAGCUGAGGAUGUCGACCCUGAGCUGGCCCGUUAUCUGAAUAGGACUUACUGGGAGAAAAAGCAGGAGGAAGUGCGCAAGAGUCCCACCCCGUCUGCUCCUGCUCCGGUGGCGUUGGCUGAACCGUUGCCUAUCAGCCAGCCAGUGGAAAGCCACGCCCCCGUUCAGCCCAUCAACAUAGUGGAGCAGCAGUACCAGAACGGAGAAUCGGAGGAGAACUACGAGCAGUUCCUCAAAGCUCUGCAGAACGCCGUCACCACCUUCCUGAACCGCAUGAAGAGCAACCACAUGCGCGGGCGCAGCAUCACCAACGACAGCGCCGUGCUCUCCCUCUUCCAGUCCAUCAACAACAUGCACCCGCAGCUCCUGGAGCUCCUCAACCAGCACGACGAGAAGAGACUGUACUACGAAGGGCUGCAGGAUAAGCUGGCGCAGGUUCGGGACGCACGGGCCGCUCUGAAUGCUCUGAGGGACGAGCACCGCGAGAAACUUCGCCGUGCCGCCGAGGAGGCCGAGAGACAACGGCAGAUCCAGCUUGCCCAGAAACUCGAGAUCAUGAGGCAGAAGAAGCAGGAGUAUCUGGAGAUGCAGAGACAGCUGGCUAUUCAGCGUCUGCAGGAGCAGGAGAAGGAGCGGCAGAUGCGUCUGGAGCAGCAGAAACACACCAUCCAGAUGCGUGCUCAGAUGCCCUAUUCCCUGCCUUAUGCCCAGAUGCAGUCACUGCCGCCUAACGUGGCAGGAGGGGUGGUGUAUCCACCCGCUGGUCCCCCCAGUUACCCCGGCACGUUCAGCCCUGCUGGCUCAGUGGAGGGCUCUCCCAUGCACGGGGUCUACAUGAACCAACCCGGGCAGGCCGGAGGAGGACCCUACCAGGCCAUGCCAGUGUCAGCUACGGAUCCCAACAUGGUGAACGCCUACAUGUAUCAGACCGCAGGUACCGGUGGGCAACAAGCUGCCCCUGGUCAGGGUCCGCCUCCUAACACCAGCCCUCCAUACACUAACUACCAGCCCACUCCGACACAGGGCUACCAGAAUGUUGCGUCUCAAUCCCAGAGUUUGCCCCCGAUGUCCCAGGCUGCCCCGACCAACGGCAUGGCCUACAUGGGCUACCAGCCGUACAGCAUGCAGAACAUGAUAUCGGCACUUCCUGGACAGGACCCCAACAUGCCUCCUCAGCAGCAGUACAUGCCUGGCCAACAACCCAUGUACCAGCAGAUGGCGCCUCCUGGUGGUCCUCAGCAGCAGGCGCAGCAGCCCCCGGCAGGCAGUGCAGAGGCUCAGCUCAUCUCCUUUGACUAAAACGUCGUAUUCUCACCUGAUCCACCACACUACAGUCAGCCCUCUGCUCUCUUCCUCCUGUUACCCCACACCCAGUCUAUCCACUUGCAAUAUUUCUGUGACCAUCUAAUUGAUGAAUACAUCCUGGUUAUCAGGAAUACGAGACUCUUUUCGCUGCUGGUAUGAUCUCUCUCUCUCUCUCUCUCUCUCUCUCUCUCUCUCUCUCUCUCUGCUUUACGGGGAGAGAAGGCUAGAAAUGGUUCUUAAAUCCUCCGACGCCUCUCUCGAAAAUUAUGUAGUGUUUCCUUAUGAAACACCUCUUAGCUAGUCGUUCGUAUCCUUGAAUAUUAACAGAACAUGUAUCGAAUAAACAGCAAAUAAGACGCGACCAUGUCAUAUUUUUCUAAAGUCGACCUGCAUGUGUUUUAGUCGUUCUUUACGGCGUCUCCACCCCGAUCAAGUGAGUGUGUUUGGGGGGGUGUUUUUUUUUUUUUUGUUUGUUUGUUUUUUUUAUUAUUAUUAUUUAAUUUGGGAAGCUUUCGAAAGAAGUUAUUUAUCAAGCGAUUCGGAGGACGAGCGCCCGAUCCAGGAUCAUGUCCAAGAGCUUAGAGUGCUGCCUCUCGCCUCUCUCACACACACUCCAUCGCAAAUCCCGACAUUCCAGAGCAGCAUUCAUCAUGGGAAUCCUGUCGUACGAGUCCAAUUUUAAAAGAUCUGGAAUUUCUCUGUAUUUAGGAUCGUCGUCACGGAAUCCUAGCUAAUAGUCGUCGUAAUCUCUGCUUUCGUAGAUUAUAUUAAAUAAAUGGGACGGUGCUGUAUAGCCCUUUUUUUUUUUUUUUUUUUUUUUUUUUUUUUCCUUUUUCUUUUUUUCCAUUUAGUGCUGAUUUGUACAAAAAGGAUGUCACGGAGAUGAAGAAAAUCCUGGGUUUUCUCAUUUGGUUAAACAGGCGACUUUGUAGAGAGCGACGCGAGGCGUAAAGCGGGAUCGUAACGUGAUUUGAGAUGAAGGAUGUAUCGAACGUGCUUUAAAUACAGUAAAAUAAAUGUAAAAAACGGAGUCGUACUGCAUGUUUGUAACGUCCAUCGACCAGUGAGCAGUUCUGUAACCCUUUAACGCCGUCCGUGGACAGCUUCGUUCCAUCAUACUGAUCUGUAUGACUCCGGGAAAAGAGUUUUAUGAUUAUAUUUAAUAAAUAUCUCAUUCUUUUAUUGUGCA